AUGAUCCGCAAACUCCUCUCACAUUUGCAUUUUAUUUUGCCAAUUUACACGUUUAAUUUUGUUGAAACAAAAAAACAAAUUCGUUCGAUAAGACUACAACCACACUACAACCCCAUCAUGUCAUCAGGUAUCCAAUCAUUGUUAAAAACGGAAAAGGAAGCUGCUGAGAUUGUCAAUGAGGCAAGAAAAUACAGAACUGGUAGAUUGAAAACAGCUAAGCAAGACGCUCAACAAGAAAUUGAAAACUACAAAAAGCAAAAGGAGGAGGAAUUGCAAAAGUUUGAAAAGGACCAUGAGGGUAUAAAUGAGCAAAUCAAUAAGGAAGCUGAUGCAGAAAUUGAAAAGGAGUUGAAAACUUUGAAGGAACAGUUUGAAAAGAAAAAGUCGGAUGUGGUCAAGUUGUUGGUUGAAGCUACAAUCUCGCCAAAUCCUCAAGUACAUAUUAAUGCAAAUACAUAA